GCUUUUCAGAAAAAGUUAGUGAUAUUUAAACAAUCUUUCUCUCUUCCUAGAUCUUAGCAAUCUAACAAUUCGUGAGCACAUACAUAUACAGACAGAAACACUCAUAUUAAACGGCAUAGAGAAACAGACAAGUAGCAAAAAAAGAGGCAAUUCUUCUCCAAGAUUAAUUAGCAGCCAUGGGCUUCAUUGGUAUUUUAACAAGUCUUUUUGUGCUGCUUCUUCACCAUUCAAAUGCAAAUGCAAAUCCAACUUAUAAUCCAAAGCAGAGUUGCAACUAUUUUGAAGGAAGUUGGGUUGAAGAUGAAACAUAUCCUCUUUACAACUCAACACAGUGUCCUUUCAUUGAACAUGAAUUCAAUUGUCAAAGGAAUGGUCGACCUGAUCGAGAUUACCUUAAGUACAGAUGGCAACCCCAUGGCUGCUCCUUAAAGAGAUUUGAUGGGCGGGCAUUCAUGCAGAAAUUCAAAGGUAAAAGCAUAAUGUUUGUAGGAGAUUCUCUCAGUCGAAACCAAUGGCAAUCACUUGUAUGCCUUCUUUACACAUCAGUCCCUAAAACCAAAUACAAUGCAACCAGAGUUGGCGAUGUCUCUAUAUUCACCUUCUUGGAUUUUGGAAUCGACGUGAUGUUAGAUCGGAGUGUGUAUUUGGUCGAUGUUGCGAGGGAAGAAAAGGGCAGAAUCUUAAAACUGGACUCAAUUGAAGGUGGCAAAUUGUGGAAUGGAAUUGACAUGCUCAUAUUCAACACUUGGCAUUGGUGGAACCGCAGAGGAGCCUCUCAACCAUGGGAUUACAUUGAAAUAGGUGGCCAAUACUAUAAAGACAUGGAUCGUGUGGUUGCUUUUGAGAGAGCUUUAUAUACAUGGGCUAAGUGGAUUGACACCAACAUUAAUCCUGCAAAAACUAUGGUGUUCUUUCAAGGAAUUUCCCCAUCACAUUACAAUGGUACCGAUUGGAAUCAACCAGGAGUAAAAACUUGCUUAGGGCAAAGGCAACCAGUAAGUGGUUCGAUAUAUCCUGGAGGUUUGCCCCCAGCAUUGACAGUGCUUAAGAAAGUGUUAGCCACAAUUGAGAAGCCAGUGACAUUGCUUGAUGUCACGAAUCUUUGCCUAUUGCGUAAAGAUGGACAUCCUGCAAUUUAUGGGCUUGUUGGAAGAACAGGAAUGGAUUGUAGUCAUUGGUGUUUAGCUGGAGUUCCUGACACUUGGAACGAAAUAUUCUAUAACUUUAUAAGUACUUAAUUGAACAUUUAGUAUUGCUAUUUCAUUAACUUUUCGAGCACUUCAAUCUUCCUUUGUCACUUAUAUACAGACAAGAGAAUAAUUGAUUAUUUGAGAAAACAUUAGUGCUACAUGUUGUUGGCAUAUGUGUUGCCAUCUUUAUAACAAAAACCUUUGAAUCUUUCUUUGAGUUUUGAAGGAAAAGUCAAGGCUAUUUUGAUUUGUGCUUA